AUGCUGCCGUUUUGUUCUGGUCAAACUGAAGCAUCACAGAAUUCCCGCCUGAUUCCCUUGGCAGCCCUUGGAGAGUUCAACGAGUACAACAAACAAAACACUGAGAGAAUGUCUUCAUCCAUGUUUGGAAAAACUUUCUUUAAAAGUCCGCGGACUUCAGGAGAGAAACGAAGGGGUUUGAGACCUUCAUCACCUGAAGGCUUUGACCCUCCUGCGAUCUGCAAGCAGCCCAGAAGAAGGGGUGACACAACUUCAUUUUGUGAAAAUACCUCCACUUAUACACGCAAUUUCACUUCCAUUGAUGAGAUAGAUGCACCUGAAAGUGCUCAGUCUUCAGAAGAGGAACAAAGAGGUUUGAAAACUUCAUCACCUGAAGACUUUGACUCUCCCACGAUCUGGAAAGAGCCCAGAAGAAGAGGUGAGAGACCUUCAUUUUGUGGCGACACUGACUCUUCCAGAAACAGGGACAAGCGUGGACGAAAGCUUCAGAGACCUGGGUCACGUGGAAGCUCCCACCCAUCAAAAAUCUUAACGGAGACCAGACGAAUGAGCGAGGGUCCUUCAUUCUGUGAAGACACGAGGCCCUCUACGAGCCGGAAAGAUCACAGACAAAAGGAAAUGGCAGAGGAGAAUGGAGAAAAGGGAAGAACAGUAUAUGAGCGAGAAAGAAAUACAGGACCAAGAGGAGAGAGAGAGGCAGGUGAAGGAGAGAGAAAAGCAAGAGUGGUUGGAAAAACAGUGGAAGGAGUGGGAGUUGACGGAGAGAAAAAUAUGGGAGAAGGAGCAGAAGAAAAGAGAGAAGAGAGACAAGAGAAGGAAGAGAAGGAAGAACUCAAGAGGCAGAAAAAGGAGAGAGAAAAAAGACAGAAGAAGGAAGAGAAAGAAAUGCUGAAGAGAGAGAAAAAAGAGAGAGAAAGACAAGAGAAGGAAGAGAAGGAAGAACUCAAGAGGCAGAAAAAGGAGAGAGAAAAGCAAGAGAAGGAAGAGAAGAAACGAGAGCAAAGGGAAAUGAAGGAAAGGAAAAAACAGGAAAAAGAGGAAGAGAAAAAGGAAAAGAAAGAGAGGAAAAGGCAGGAAAAAGAAGAGGAAAAAAGACAGAAGAAAGAGAGGAAGAAGGAGAAAAAACAGGAAAAGGAGGAGAGGAAAACAAAGAAAAUGAAAGAGACUCAGGAGAGUGAUGGAGUAAGUGAGGAGACAGAAGUUCAUGUGUUGGACAAGCAGGAGGGGGAAAGACAGGAGCAGGAGGAAAAAGAACAAAAGAAAAAAGAGGGGAUGGAGAGGAGAAAUCAAGAAGAGAAAGAACAGAAAGAAACAAACAAGAAAGAGAAACAAGAGAGAGAAAGAGAGAGAAAGGAGACAGACAGAGAAAUUCAGGAGAGAGAAACAGAGGAUGAGAAAGAGGACAGAACAAGUCAGGACAAAGAGGAGACAGACAGAACGGAGACCUCCUCAAAAGGUGGCCUGUAUUACAGACUCCUCCGGCGUUUUCUGAACUGGCAGAAAAAAAAUGUCAUCAAAGCCAUCAACAGGAGCUACGAGGCCGAGUGGUUCAUCACACUCGACAUUUCAGGAGAUACGGUACAACAGAAAGAGCUGAAAAUAAGGAGGGAGUAUUACAGAAGGAGGCACCUGUACUCUCUGCAAGGAUUCAUAGAACACGACAAGGAGAGACUAGAGGAGAGGCGAAGAUGGAAGGCAGCGAGAAAGGCCAAGAGAAAGUGUCUGGAGGAAGGACAUCAAACCAGCGGCACAGGGGGAAGGUCCAGCACUCGUAAGUCCCAAAAGAGGACAUGUAACAUACUGAGGUCACACAACCGCAUCCAUACGGGUACCAAUUUGGAAUUUCAAGUGACUAAAAUAAAAUAAAACAGUUAAAAUGUAAAAAAAAAAAAAAAAAAAAAGACAAAAAAAAACAAAAAAAACAAAUGACAAUGAUGCAAGCAACCUUACCUAACCUAAAAUAACCGAAGCUAACUAAACUAGAAUAACUUAACCUAACCCAAAAGUGGUGGGGUAUCUGGAAGGGGAAGAACAUUUAAUAAACAUGUAGAAUGCCCUGCCGAGCACACAGCUGUAACACAGAAAGUGAAUGAGUCAUUUGGGGAGAAGUCCCAUAAGUCUUCACCAGUCAUGUAAACAGGAUCAUAUCACACAUGAGAAAGGGUCAAGUAUGGAAGACUGUUAACCUAUGACAGGUAAGAUCCCCCUGUGAAUCCUUGGGACAACCUAAGACAGGUACAGCCACAAGUACUUGACCCCAAUGCCACUGUGAGCAGGCACAGUGUGCAAGGACAUUGUGUUGAGGACGCUUGUGUUCCUGUACCAUAUGCAGGAACACAGGACCUGGUCUGACAACACAUUUAAAAAAAAGACAGGCAAGUAUGGAAGGCUGGUUCGCCGAUGACGGGUAAGAUCCCCCUGCAGAACCCUGGGACAACCUAAGGCAGGCACAGUCACGAUUACUUGGCCUAUUUGCCACUGUGAGCAGGCACAGUGUGCAACGUCACAUCCCAUUUCUCAUGUUUGUGUGUGCUUUGUCCUUGAUACCUGGGACUGGAAGGGACACCCAAAAAAUGAUCUCAAACACACUUUCUUUGUGGUCUAAUGCCCUUGAUAAGGAUAUUGAUAAAGCCUGGACCUGAGACUGAACACCUGAGCAAAUACAGGCUGGUGUUGCAAAGGCAUGUGCAUCUACUAACUGCAAUAGCAGAGGAGCUAUAUUUUUAGUC